AGGACUCCAGUAGCCGUCACUAUAUAUGGACAGGCUGGAGCCAGGGUGAGAAUCACAGAGAACUUAUUCUCACAAGUUGCAAGUCUCCAAGUGUCUGCUGCAGCAUUGGAUCACCAUGAUCUGCCUAAGGAACCUGCUUCCAGCGUUGUGCACGCUGUUUGUGGUCCAUGAUGUGAUCUCUCAGAGAUGCCCAUUGCAGUGUGGACAGUGCCCGGAGGAACCACCCAGUUGUCCCCCCGAUGUGCCAAUCAUACUGGAUGGCUGUGCCUGCUGUCCCGUGUGUGCUCGGCAACAAGGAGAGAGCUGCUCUGAGAUGCACCCGUGUCACGAGGACCAGGGUCUAUACUGUGACUUCAGCGCAGACCCGAGAACCAGCGUCGGCGUUUGUAUGGCACUUGAAGGAAGUAAAUGUGUGUUUAAUGGGGCCGUAUACCGCAGCGGAGAAACAUUCCAGCCCAGCUGCAAAUAUCACUGCACGUGCCAGGAUGGACAGAUCGGCUGCGUCCCCAGGUGCAACCUUGACUUACAGCUUCCGGGGCCUGACUGCCCAUUCCCAAGGAAAGUGAAGGUGCCAGGAGAGUGCUGUGAAAAGUGGGUGUGCGAUGGGAAGGAAGAGGUGGCCAUUGGUGGAUUUGCUAUGGCUGCUUACAGACCGGAGGCUACUCUGGGGGUCGAUGGCUCAGACAUGGGUGUUAACUGCAUUGAGCAGAUGACUGAGUGGAGUGCGUGCUCUAAGACGUGUGGGAUGGGCCACUCCUACCGGGUGACAAAUCGCAACCGCCGCUGCGAAAUGCAGAAACAAAUCCGCCUGUGCAUGGUGCGACCCUGUGACCAAGAGGCCCAAGCACUUAUUGAUAAGAAAGGGAAAAGAUGCGUGCGUGUGACGAAAUCAGAAGAGGCCAUCCAUUUUGAAAUAAAAAACUGCGUCAGCGUUCACAGCUACAAGCCUAAGUUUUGCGGGGACUGCACGGACGGGCGAUGCUGCACCCCUCACAGCACCAGGACGGCCCAGGUGGAGUUCCGGUGUGCAAACGAGAGAAUCGUAAAGAAACCAGUGAUGUUCAUCAAUACAUGCGUCUGUCAUAAUAACUGCCCCCGUGACACCAGCCUCCUCCAGACAGAAAACGCCAUGUUCCCUAGGCUGAAAAUAUAUUAACUGACCUAAUUAUACGUGAUCUGAUAAGUCAUUUCUAAAGAGCCUAAGAUGAUCAGGAGGCUACUGUACGUGUAAUCCCGUCCGUUCUAGGGGUGUAAAUUCCAAACCUUGCAAUUGUAAUUAUAAAUAGUGAUGAGCGAGGUUCGGUUUUACUCGGUUUUACUCGGUUUUACUCGGUUCUCAAAACGGCAUCUUAUUGGCUAUCCAAAACACGUGACAUCCGUGAGCCAAUAAGAUGCCGUUUUGAGAACCGAGUAAAACCGAGUAAAACCGAGUAAAACCGAAUCCGCUCAUCACUAAUUAUAAAUGCGCUGAUCUUUGCGCAAAUGAUAUUUUUAUACAGGACAUUUUUUUUUAUAAGAACGUUAAUUUAAUAAGGGUUAUAGUGUAAGGACUGUUUUUUACAUUGACUUGUAAGCUGUAAAUAUUUUUAUUUAAUUUGGAUAUUUUACGUUUACUACUGUGUCUGUCUUACUUUUAAUACGUAUAUGAAUGAAUACAGCAAACAUUCCACUGAAAUUAAAUGAGGUGAAAUUUACCUCAAUGUAAUGUAAUUCCAAUUGGUAAUCCAAACCACCUGGCCUGCUUUGUAGAAGCUAUGUGACCUACCCCACAAGGGGACAUUAUACCUGUGGUUAUACUGCAAUUCUACACAUGGCAUGGACCUAGAACAAUGUGUGCAUAUUCGUGAUGUCUAUUACAGUGCUCCUGUGUGCUAGCAGAGGCGGCCAUUUUGUAAAGAGGUAUUUAUGAGAAUGCAGCCUAUCAGUUAACCAGGAGCCUAAAACUUAACACUUUGGAAAUCUGUGAGGUAAAACACAUCACUACUACUUCAUGCCAUCUUUUCUCUAAAGGGGGUAUGACCAGAUGGAAGGGGGUAUGACCAGAUGGGAUGUGCGGAGUCGAGGGCAUAACACUGUGAGUCAUGUCUUCAAAGCCCCAACCCUGUGGUGUAAGGAUGUGAAACGCGUUGCUAUGCAAUAGUGGCAGGGCUAAGACAAAGUGGUUUAUAGAGAACCGCAACAUCACGGCCGCCCACUUCUGUGCUGGGUAGGCUCCUGGAGAGUAGGCAGUAUGGUACGAAUUCAUCAAUGAUGUCACUGGUUUGAAAUGAAUAGAUACAUUUGGUACAGGUGCACUUUAAGGCUGGCGAUUGCGGCACAGAGAUAUGUACUGUAUUAUGGACUUUUGUGUGCUUUGUUAUGCCCUGCUGAGUAAAUGUGUAUAAUAUAUACUAGAACCGUCCUUAACGUUUCCUGUCACAAGGACUACUGUAAGUACCGUUUUCAUACACUAAGUUUUAUAUAUAUAAAUCUCAUUACCGUGUUUUGGAAAUUAUUUGUCAUUUUGUCUUUUUUUUCUAAGUGUUGUACAAUGCAAAAUUUAUAUUUUUUCAAAUAAAACAAGCCCUGUUAAUUCC